GUAAAGUGUCCCCCCUUGCCCCGUCCUGCUGCUCCGUCAUCCCGUCGCGCCGGAAAAGGCAGAGCAGUAGAGGAGGCGUUUCCCUCCGACAACACAUCAGCUGCAAAUUUAUGCAAAACAGUAAAAAGCACUGAAGCUGCUGCUGCUGCUGCUGCUGCUGCUCCUCCACAGAGGCAGAAAACAGCACCUACAGCGGGCUCCAGGGCUGCAGAGCCGCUCUCAGCCGACCAUCUGCGGGCAGCCGGUGCAGGAGGAGGGGGAGAAACCCGGACCGGGGACGACGUAAUGGAGACAGACGGAGAGCAGAACCAGCAGGGGGCCUCGACCAAUGGGAGCGCUGCAUCGGGGACGAGUUCUCGCCCCUCUCCCAUGAAUUCGAUGUCUCUGUAUGAGAGGCAGGCUGUGCAGGCCCUGCAGGCGUUACAGAGGCAGCCUAACGCAGCUCAGUAUUUCCAGCAGCUAAUGCUGCAGCAGCAGAUCAACAACGCCCAGCUGCAGAACCUGGCAGCUGUGCAACAGGUAAAGGCUACUCUGGCAGCCAGUCGUCAGUCCAGUCCUUCCAGCAGCAGCUCUUCUCAGACCACCAGCACCACAGCUGCCAGUGUGACCUCUGGAUCUGGAUCCACAACCAGCAGCCGUCCUUUGGGCGCCUCGGCAACAUCCACCAUCAGCCAAUCAGUGCUGCUGAGUGGGACAGCAGGGGGACAGGGACAAAUGUACCUGAGGGUUAACCGCUCCCUGAGGGCGCCCAUCUCUUCACAGCUCAUCUUCAUGCCCGGCAGCACGGCGACAGCUGCAGUGGCCACAGUUACUCAGCAGCCUCAGGCUCAACAGCAGGAAGCGACACCGGCUUCUUCUUCUUCUUCCGGCAGCCACUCGGAUAACGACCAGGUGCAGAAUCUAGCGAUGCGAGGAAUGUCCGGUCCCAAAGGAGUUGGCGUGAAAACAGAAGCCCCGGAGAGGAGUGAGUCAGCUGCUUACUCUCUGGUCCAGCCCUCCCCACAGUCAAACUCCCAGUCCCCCAGUAAACCAAGCCAGCCUCAGCCCCACCCCCCCCACAUCAAAAUCCCCACAUACCCUCAGCCCACCAACCUGAAGGCCCAUUCUUCCUCCUCUGGUGCCUCCACCUCCUCCACGUCCUCCAUCCCUCUCUCCCAGCUCCUUCUUCACGGGACCCGGACUCUCACCACAGGGACCACAGCUCCGACGGCAGCACACACACUCCUCCUUACCUCCUCUGCAGCAACUCAGUCCCACGGGUAUCCCGUUGGCACUGCGACCAUCAAACCGGCGGUGAACGCUCAGACUCUGGUGGUGCAGCCGCUUCAGAAGACCUCGCUCAACAACGAGAAAUCAGGACACGGCAACGGACCCAUCCCUAUCCAACCUAAAACUCUGCAGGGGCUCCGUCUGCCCCUCCAGCUUCCCUCCAGAAACCCCCCUCCCAUCCUACCUGCCCCGCCUCCCGUCAGCAGCUCUGCCCAGACUCUGCAGCCGCCACACAUCCCAGUCCAGAUUGUGGGGGCGAGGCAGAGCACACUAGGAAACACACAGGCUCUGGCUCUGGCUCGGGGCAGCUGCAGCCAGGACGGAGCCGCCGUCCUCAGCAGCUCUUCCAGCCUGCUCACCAUGGUGGCCUCCAUCGCUUCCAGGGAGGCUGGAGUCGUAGGCCGAGGGAUGGGGCUAAAGACACUUCAUUCCCCCCAGGAGGCUCCCCCGCUGGCUCAGGUGCCUCAGGUGCAUCCACAGGCCAAUCAGAACUCCGGACAGAGUCAGAAUGGGGCCCUGGCACCAGGCCCCGCCUCCUCACAGUCCUCUUCUGUUACCUCUCCUCCCUCCUCCCUGUCUCGCUCCUCCCUCUCCCUCCCCCUGGUGGCAGAGGAGCAGAGAGACGCGUCAGCUGUAACAACAACUAACGGAGACUCAUCAGGAAGUCAGACGCAACAGGGGAAGCAGCUGAGUGGAUCCCUAAAAAGAAAAUCAGACUCCAAUUCAGCCAACGAUGAAGAUGGCCCCUCCCCUCCACGGCUACAGCCAAUCAGAGACCACCCAUCAACACUCUCAACCAAUCCUGUCGUAGCAGCCUCUGAAGCUCCGCCCUCUGCCCCCUCCCCGGUGUUGACUGUGUCCCGCGGGGUCUGCGGCCAAGGAGAGAGAGCUCCUCCCCCCCAAGCGGUGGUCAAACCGAACGUUCUCACACACCUCAUUGAGGGCUUCGUCAUCCAAGAAGGGGCGGAGCCUUUUCCUGUGUGUGGUUCAGUUAAAGACUCGACUGGUGAGGAUUUAACCAAUGACAGUCUGGACACGAACCAAUCAGAGACUCUUACAACAGCUACAGUGCUGAAGUGUGAGUACUGUAAAAACUUUGCUCCUGCCAGCCAGUUCAGAGGCACCAAAAGGUUCUGCUCCAUGACUUGUGCCAAGAGUAUGUAUUGGUUCCCCAGGUACAACGUCAGCUUCAGGCAGCACUUCAGCGUGCGGCAGGGUCACGGUCACGGCGCUACAGAUCAGGAUCAUGGUCAAGGUCAUUUCUCCAACUCUGACGAGGAGGGAGGAGUAACCAGGCGGAGGGUUCCCCGCAGGACCAGCUCAGAAAUAGCCAGCGCCAAGAUAGCAGGGAGGCCGAUACCUGUCAAGUGCCGCUCAGAGUCCAGCCAUUCAGACGAGGAGUCCAGUGGAGAGGAGGAUGAAGAUGACCCAAUGUCCCUCUCGCCCGCCUCCUCGGCCUCCUGCCACCAGCAGCAGGUGCCUCCUCCUCCUCCGAUCCCGACGGAGAACUCUGCCCCCAGCUGCCUGCCCGCGAGCCCCACUCAGUGGAGCGUGGAGGAAGUGUCGCAGUUUAUUUCUUCUCUACAAGGCUGUGAGGAUCUCGCCCCCCAGUUCCUGUCACAGGAGAUCGACGGACAGGCUCUGCUGCUGCUGAAGGAGGAGCACCUCAUGUCCACAAUGAACAUUAAGCUCGGCCCCGCCCUCAAGAUCUGCGCCCACAUCAACAACCUGAGAGACUGAUGCGGGCGUUUUCACAGAUCUGCAUUGUUCAAAGUCAAGCCCUGGACAUUUACCCCCAAACUCCUGCUCAGAGUCCAGUUCAAAAAAAAAAAAGGAACUGGUUCCAGAGAGGUCCGAGUCCUGCAGGUGAAUGAGAGAGGUACAGUUCAUACAGGCUCUUCAACUCGCACCGGGGGCUGCAGCACUUACAUCUGGUGUGGAUUUCUUUUCCCUUGAGCACACGUCACUGUGGCACUUGUAGAGGAUUAUUGUCAUUCUUUACACAUUGUUCAUGCGUUUGAGUUCUUUCAGAUGACCUGCUACAUACAGGAGCAGAUCAGAGUCCCCUAUUCUUCUGCUAAAAACAGCACUACAGUCAGAGACAGCUGUUACCGUCACUGUUAAAACACCCGGAGAUGAAAGUUUGAAUGUAUUUAACCAGGGUGAAGGUGAAAGUGAGAACUUGCACAGGAUUACUAUUUUUAUUAAGUUAUGUACAAAUAGGCCUUCCCCUCUUUCACUUAUUUUACCUUGACUGUGCUUUUCAGAUUUCAGUUUUCAAGAAAGAAGCUCACAGACGACCGCACCUUUCUAUUUGUCUGUUGUUUCUCAGCGUACUGGAGAAGUAGUUUAAAGCAUUCACUCUUUGCUUCUUCUUCUUCUUCUUUUUCUACUUCUUUUUGUUGCCUGUGAGAUCAAUCUUAGUUCUCUUUUAACUCAACACUGUUUGGUUUUUCUUUGAGAGUCAUUUUGAGUCCAGCUCUGCACCUGAUGAAGACAUUCUGCAUCAAAUUGAGACAGAUGCUGAAAAACAAGUAAUUUAAAUCGACCCUAGACUUAUAACUCUUCUGUUUUUUGUUUUGACUGAUACAUAGACGUUGUAUCUAAAAGGGUAUUUUGAAAUGAAAGCCCUCUGAUGAAUAAUAACUCACUGUUAGAAAUGUUAGAGCUGUGUGACUUCUCUGACAUGGGACUUCCACCAGAUCCGUGUCCGGUCUGUCUCUGAUCCGCUGCAUUCCGAGCAGGAGAGUCGGACAGCUGGAGUCAUGUGACCGAGGUUUUCCUGUGGUAAUUACUAAAUCAAGGAUUUUAUCGACCCCUGAAAACCUCUGACCUGUUGACUCCAGGCCUGCCUCCACUCUAAAUGACAUUUUGUUUUUAUAGUUAAAGGUGACAUAUCAUGCAAAAUCAACUUUUUAAUGGUUCUCUACCUGAAAUAUGUGUCCCUGUCUACAAACCCCCCCAAAAUGAAAAGAAUCCAUUCUGCCCCUGUUCUGAUUUCUCCACCUUUCUGUAAAUGUGUGCUGAAACCAGCCGUUUCAGUUUUCAGUGUUUUUCAUACGUCACAACGCCAUCCGGUCUGUAACAGGAAGUCAGAGCUCGGAGCUUGUUCAGCCCAUAGACUGUAUAAAAUACAACUCAACCCCUCCUCCGUUUUUCAUUCCCUGCACACAUGUGUGCUAACAAGGAGCUUAGGAGGGAGGCAUGCUAGUUGUAAGCUGUCUUAAUAAACAUUAAGGUCGGUUUUACUCCCCACGUCUGCAGAUUUGAAGAUCUAGUGGAUGAUUUUUAUUUAUCAUGGAAAAGUGCUAGCGCUAGUUAGCAUAGCCACAUAGCUACAUGUUGGUAGCUGUGUACCAAGACACACGUCGACAUACUGACAAAUAAAACAACAAGAAACACUAAAUCUGUGACCAAUGGUUCAGAAAGGUCCUGCUGCAGGCGCCUCUCCAUCAGGAUCAGAUUCUGGAUCAGAUUCAGAGGGUUGAAGUAACGCGGGUCUGUGAGCAGCCGUGUAUAUUCAGCCAACAUGUAAACAUUAGAUCAACGUGCUGGAGAGCCGAGGCCACAUCCACUUCCUGAGGGGGCGUGGUCAGAGAGCUCAUUCUCAUUUAAAAGCACAGACACAGAAAACAGAGUGUUCUGAGCAGGGCUGAAAAAGAGGGGUUUACAGGCAGACCAAAAUCUGAUUUCAAAGUGUUUUUAUGAGCAAUAAACUUUAAAGACAUGUUUUGGGGACCUCUUAGACCAAUAUAUUUUGAUGAAAAAGAGCGUAAUAUGUCACCUUUAAGUUAAAAACGAUCUAACGAUUUAUUCUGAAAAUUAAUCUGAUGUCUUCAUUUUGUUUUGGUGAAACCUAACUUCCUGUCCUGCUCCAUCUGCUCUGUUGAGAUUGAUGCGUCGUGUGCCGGCAUCAGGCAAAAAUAGAAGUCUUGUGUAUCUGAUCUGUUGCGUUCCGACCUGCUGGAUCAGAGACACAGCCUUGGCGCAAUGGAGUGGAUCCAGUGGAAGCUAACGCAUUGACUAGAGUAGAAACCGAUCAGAUCCGGACCUGUGACGGAUCAGAGUCGGACCGGACACGGAUCUGGUUGAAUUUGGCCGUGAGAAUAGGCGUUUUGAAAGGUUGUAUUUUUAUUUCUAAUGUUAUUUAAAUAUUAACAGGGUAUAGAUAUAGUAAAAGGUGCAGGACUAGAGUCUGAACAAAUCCCAAAUCUUUCAAGGUGCAAAAAAAAAAGUUCAUAUUUGACAUUUUCUCACAGCUUACCUUGAUUUAACGUACGAUGAAACAAAAACACUUUUUCAAAAUCCGCCAGAACUGCAAAUAAUCCGACACUGUUUUCACUUUAAUACACGUUUGCUUCGUAUCUUUGGGAUUUUUUGAACAGAUAACUUUUUGUCUUUUAAAAAAAAAAAGAACCUGAAUCCUCAAAAUCUGUUGAUGUUUUAUCAGACGAUUUGUCUUUUAAUCUGAUGGUACAGCCAUCUGCCGAUCUUUACAAAAAGUGAAUUUUGAGUAAAGGGUUAACGUCUUGGGCUUGAUUUUGUGAAGUUUUUUUUUUUUUUCAAUUAAAAGAGAUGCUGUUACUGAUGAAGAAUGAAAGUAAGCUCCAACUGUGAUGAUAAGCUUUGAAUUGAAGUUACUUUAAGCUUUGUUCAUGGACAAACCAGGAAGUCUGUGAUGAAAAGAGGCUGGCAGCCACAUGUGGACCUACGUUUUGGAUGGAUGGUGUAAAAAAUCUGAAUGAGUGAGUGAGUCGGCGUGAAUGAGAAGUCCUUAAACUAUACUGUAAUAAGUGUAAAAUUUGCCUUUAUAUUUAAAUGCACAUUUGUUUGCUGGACUGCCUUGUUUAAGCUUUUUACUGUAGGAGUUUUCUCAUGUUCUCUCUCUGUGAACCUUGUGGCCUUUCUCACUAGUCUAGGUUUAGAUGAUGAUUGUGUGUUUUUUAACUGCUUUUCAUAUCAUUCCUUGUUUUUUAUUAGUGCUUACUUUUCUACAAUUGUUAUUUCAAGCAAUGACAUCUGUUGCCUUUCCCAAAAAAGUGACUGAAUAGUAGCGACCUUGAUCAAGGAAACUUUCCGUCUUCCUCAUAGCUUCGUCACAUAGCGUGUAACUACCAACAGUAUUUACCUUUUUUUUAGCUUAGCUAUCUUUGGCUUUAUUGUUAGUGACUGUGGCUGUUACAGUAUUUUAUUUCAAAAAGGGUAAUAAUCUUUGUUAGCUGUGUGUUGAUGUGUCAGUCGCCCCUGGAUUUUGUAGUGUUUAAAUCAGCAGGUCCCUCAGCACAUUGUGAAGACCAAAAAAAUAUAUAUUUUGUAUUGCGUUACAAGGCUGUGAUUACCUGUCAUUUGUUGAAAAUCAGACCAUUUUGACUGUUGGUUCAAUUAGUGUUAUCCCAAAAGUAGCACUUUUCUCACAAAACAAAAAAUAAAACCCUAGAUAAGACAUUUUGUAAAAGACAAAGAGUCCAAGAAUCAAAAUCUGAUAGCUUGCAAUAAUCAAAAACCUGCAAAAUCUUGGAGGGACUGAGUUAGAUGGGAGAGGCUAACAGUACUAUCUUGCAAAUAAAUAAUUAAGGAACUGUUUUAAAA